AUGCCAAACGCAAACAACACUCCAAACCCAUACCACUUCCCCCUCCUCCUCGGCAUCUUCAUCCUCGCCUUCUUCCCCGGUCUCAUCGGUCCAAUCUUCAACUCGCCCUUUACACUACUCAGCUACACUUGCUCACUGCUUCCUUGGGCAACACCAUCUGCCCCACUUCAACCGCAAACAAGCACAACCGCGACAAUGUCUUGGACGCAAAAAGCUUUCACACUGCCUGCGAAGAGCAGAGGCAGUUAUCUGAUCACUGAUCAUGUCAUGGAAAAGGUGCCAGAGAUCAAGGAUUAUAAAGUCGGCAUCUUGCAACUGUUUGUGCAGCACACGAGUUGCGCGUUGAGCUUGAAUGAGAAUUAUGAUGAGGAUGUUCGCGCCGACAUGUCCGACGCACUCGACCGCAUCGCCCCAGAAGAUCGCAAGGGAAACCUCUACCGCCACGCCGACGAAGGACUGGAUGAUAUGCCUGCACACAUCAAAUCCGCUCUCAUCGGUGCUUCUGUAUCCGUUCCCAUCACAAACGGUAGAUUGGCGACGGGUACUUGGCAGGGCAUCUGGUUCUUGGAGUUUAGAGCUAGUAAGCAUCAGAGAAAGGUUGUUGCCACUAUUCAGGGUGAAAAGGCUUGA